AAAAAUACCAUUUUUUUAUUAUAAAUUUCGCGCAAUUUUCACAAGCCCUUUUCUUUUUUCUAGAUUUUGUUCAAUCGGCCGUUCUUUUUGAUUUUCUUCCAAAUUCCCCCCUCUUUUCUUGCCCUUUUUUCUUUCGGUUCACAAUAAAAUAUUCUGAUUCUCAAAAUCCUUAUAAAGGAAUGAACUGAAUUUUGAUUGAAAGAUGGUGGCUUUUGGGAAGAAGUUGAAAGAGUCACAAAUUCAAGAAUGGCAAGGGUAUUACAUAAACUACAAAUUAUUGAAGAAGAAAGUUAAUAGAUAUGCUCAGCAACUUGAAAUUGGAGCACAAGAUCACCAUUAUGUUCUUAAGGAUUUCUCAAGAAUGUUAGAUAGUCAAAUUGAAAAGAUUGUAUUAUUUCUGCUGGAACAACAAGGACAACUAGCAAACAGAUUAUGUGAUCUUAGGGAACAACAUGAUGUAAUUUUACAGCUCUCUAAUGGAGGUUCUAAAAUUUGUGAGUUACAAGAAGCAUAUAGAGGUGUAGGACAUGAUCUUUUAAGGCUUCUCUUUUUUGUUGAGAUGAAUGCAAUUGGAUUGAGAAAGAUUUUGAAGAAAUUCGAUAAACGGUUCGGCUAUCGAUUCACUAAUUACUAUGUCAAAACACGAGCUAAUCAUCCGUAUUCCCAGCUCCGACAAGUUUUCCGGCAUGUGGGUAUCGGGGCUGUUGUUGGAGCCAUAUCUCGUAAUCUUGCAGACUUGCAAGAUCAUCAAGGGAACUACGUAUCUAUAUAUGAUCAACCUGCUUUAUCUCAUCCGGACCCCAUAGUUCAUUCUAUAAAAGCAGCGGUAAACAAAUUAUCGAAUUCGACGAAUUUUCUCGAGUUUUUGGGGAAACAUGCGUUUAUAAUGCAAGAUGAUUUACCGAGUCCAUCUGAAGAUGAUGUUGCGGAACAGAGAUAUCAUUUCAUGUCGUUGCUAUUGAAUUUGGUUAACACAUUUUUAUACAUGGUCAACACGUAUAUUAUUGUGCCAACGGCUGAUGACUAUUCCCUUAGUCUCGGAGCUGCAGCAACCGUUUGUGGUGUUGUGAUCGGUUCAAUGGCUGUUGCACAAGUGUUCUCUUCGGUUUAUUUUAGUGCCUGGUCAAACCGAUCAUAUUUGAGACCACUUGUAUUUAGUAGCAUCGUGCUUCUUAUUGGGAACACCUUGUAUGCUCUGGCUUAUGAUCUUAACUCGAUAGUAGUUCUUCUUGUUGGUCGAUUAUUUUGUGGGUUAGGUUCUGCUCGAGCUGUAAACAGGCGUUAUAUCAGCGAUUGUGUGCCACAUAAACUCCGGAUGCGAGCAUCUGCGGGCUUUGUUAGUGCAAGUGCCCUCGGAAUGGCAUGCGGUCCUGCACUAGCUUGCUUAUUUCAAACCGAUUUUAAGAUUUACAAGCUCACGUUUAAUCAGGAAACUUUACCUGGUUGGAUUAUGGCUAUUUCAUGGCUCGUCUACUUAUUGUGGUUGUCGAUUUCGUUUCGAGAACCUCCUCAAGAGAUCAAGCGGGACAUAAUACCGCAAGAAGUUCGUGCUGGGACGGUGGUGAACUAUGCAGUAGAGAACGGUAUCACGCAGCCACUGCUUCUAAACAUGGAACCGAAACAAGGUGAAAAUGGAGACCAAGAAUACGAUGAUGGUGAGGAUGAAUCUUGUGAGAAAACUCGUAAACCCGUCACAUCUAUCGUAUCAGCAUAUAGGUUACUCACACCAUCUGUGAAGGUGCAACUAUUGGUUUAUUUUAUGCUUAAAUACGCAAUGGAGAUAUUACUUGCCGAAGCAAGUGUCAUCACAGCAUAUUACUUCAUAUGGUCAACCAACAGUGUAGCCAUCUUUCUUGCAUGUCUCGGGUUAACCGUACUUCCUGUAAACAUCAUCGUCGGUACUUACAUCAGCAAUAUAUUUGAAGAAAGGCAAGUUCUUCUAGCAUCCGAAAUCAUGGUGUUGAUCGGUAUACUCCUAAGCUUCCAUAUUGGAAUCCCAUAUUCCGUACCUCAAUAUGUUGGCUCGGCACUGAUCACUUUUGUAUCCGCCGAAGUGCUUGAAGGUGUGAACUUAUCGCUCUUGUCUCGUGUCAUGUCGUCGAGGCUUUCUCGGGGAACUUAUAACGGAGGGCUUUUAUCGACGGAAGCUGGUACACUAGCUCGAGUUAUUGCCGAUGGAACAAUAACAUUGUCUGGUUACUUUGGUGUGGCUAAGCUGUUGAAUGCUACAUUAGUUCCUUCAUUAUUCAUAUGUAUUUCCUCCAUUAUUGCUACUUGCUUUACUUAUAAUUCUCUUUACUAACACUUUGUAAUGUAAAAAUUUUGCUAAUAAUACUAUAAAUAAACCCCUUUUUUUUUGGGUAACUGUGUUAAA